CAUGUAGCUAAUUUCCGGGUUCGGCAUCGGAAAUUCUCCCGUCUUGUAAAAAGGCGGAUCCCUCACCGACACUUCUCACAACUUCUCCACAGCCAUUUUUUUUUAUCACCGACGGGUCCCAGCUACUCGCUAGACGAGAUUUUAAAAGCAUUAAAACGACGCUACACUCAUUUAUUCCUGUCCAACGACCGACAACAGUUCCAGCUCGGGCUAGCUAACUUUUAGCAUUAGCAUCUAAGUUGACAACUGCCCUCCAGCAGCAGCAGCAGCAGCACAACAGGGGAGAAGAGGCAGAGGCAGCACCGGAGCAAACACAAGAAGAUGGGCGACAAAGAGCUGAUGUGGGCACUGAAUACCGGAGACCUGGACGAGGUCAAAGCCAAACUGGAGACGGCUGAAGAUGCCAACCGGACCCUGGAUGGUGGGAGGAAGCCUCUGCACUAUGCUGCUGACUUUGGUCAGACAGAUGUUGUGGAGUUCCUCAUUUCUAAGGGAGCAGAUAUCAAUGCUCCUGACAAACACGGGUUAACUCCACUGAUCUCUGCCUGUUUAGAGGGUCACAUCUCCUGUGUCAAGGUCCUGCUAGAAAAGGGAGCUGACAAAGACCGUACAGGACCCAACGGCAUAAGUGCCUUUGAAGCUGCCGAGUGCGAAGAUAUCAAGGCCCUGCUCAAGUGAGACCCCAUAGUGCGGGAGGUGGCUGGACAGGUGGGUGGACGGACAGACAGAUGGACGCAGUGGUCCCCUGAUAGAAGACGGACGCAUCACUUUUACCCUCAUCAACCUCUGUCUCCACACUGCUUUUGUCUGUUUGUUGGAGGGUCAUUUUCUCUGUCUGGUGACUUUCCUUUCCUUUUUUUUAAAUUUUCUUUUCCCUGGGAUAGGACUUUCUCUUUCUUUGGCCUCUUGUUUGUAGUCAUUUAACACAAAGACAGUAAUGUCUCCCUUGGGGACCAAUCACUGGGGGAGCACUCUUACACCCACUUCCUAAAACACUGCUGAAUAGAUAUGAAUAAAAUGUCAACGCAAAGCUUAGCACUUAAAUCCACUUCACUUUUUUGCAGUAAUCAAAUGGAAACAAAGAUCAAUCGUGUGUUUAUAUUAUGACAACUUCACUCUUAAGUAUUUUCGGGCCAGGACCUAAUCUCAUGAACAGUAACUUGCACUGUGCUCUACUAGAUAUAUUGAAAAGAAAGGUUUAAAAGUUAAAUUACAUUAACCUUUCAUUGUGUGGCCUCUUCCUCAACGUUCAUUUCAUUUAAUUAGAACAAACUGUGGGAAGUUUGGGUAAGAGAGGUCCAGAGGUUCGACUCUUCUUUUCUACUUGGCCCAAUAUCACUUACAUAUCAAAUGGUGGGGGGGUUUUUUUGACAAAUUUUAUGUUGGUAGUGCAUAAAAGAUAUUCUGUAUUAUUUGACCAAUCACCAUGCUGGCUAACUAGAAAGACUUGAAUGUUGCAGUUCUGUUACUGAAUCCCUUUUCGAAGCAAUCUUAACGUCACUUAAUAGGAUGGGCAAUUUUAAGAAUUGGGUUUAUUUUGUCGCCCCUUGGAGUGAGAUUUCAGAUUCUUUUUCAUUACUGCUUCUCUGUGUGUUUUGUAAUUGACGGGCUCCAAGGGGCUGUGAUCAUCUGAGGGAUAAACGGGGGGGUUUGUGUUGAAACUGGAUGGCGGGGGGUGUUAGUAUUCCCCUCGCCUUGGAUUUGGUUAAACCCCCCCCCCCCGCCGCCUGUAUCGCUGCAUGUCAAAACUGCCUCUUGCUUUUACGCUAUGAAACGCUCGCUGUCCCUUCUCGUUUGCUUUCAAAUGAAUUACUACAAUGUAAUUGGGGAAGAAAAAGAAAAAAAAAAGAUGCUCUUGCUGACUUUGUUGUGACAAAAAGUCUGUAAAAAUAGAAAUAAAAAUAUCUCUAAAACUGU